UCUCAAUCCACAACUGUUACAGCGCUACGUAUUCCCAAGGAUGGCGAAAAGAAAGGCAGAAAACAGGAGCUUUCUGGAGAGGUGGGAGGCAGAAUAUCUCUUUGCAUAUAUAAAAGACAGACCCGUUUGCCUUGUUUGUGGAGUCAACUUGGCUAUAGCUAAGGAGUACAAUAUUAGACGACACUAUGAAACCAAACACCAUGACAAGUACAAGGACCUGGACAUGACUCAAAGGAGCCAGAAAGUAGAGGAGUUGAAAAAAAGUGUAGUUUCACAGCAAAAUAUGUUCAAGAAAGCCACUUCGCAAAGUGAAGCUGCUGUAAAGGCGAGUUAUAUUGUUGCAGCAGAGAUCGCAAAAUCCGCCCAGCCCUUCAAUGAAGGAGAAUUUGUGAAAAAUGGCAUGAUGAAAGUUUGUGAGAUCGUGUGCCCAGAGAAAAAGCAGACAUUUUCAAACGUAAGCCUGAGCAGAAACACAGUGGCUGAACGCACAUGCGAUCUUGCCACCAAUCUUUAUGAGUUGCUGAUGGAAAAGGGAAAAGAUUUCGUUGCAUUCUCCCUCGCUGUGGAUGAGAGCUGCGACGCAUCUGACACUGCUCAGCUGUCAAUCUUCAUCCGUGGAGUGGACUCAAAUCUGUGCGUUACAGAGGAGCUACUGGGAUUAAAAUCAAUGCAUGGCACAACCACAGGAAAGGACAUUUUUGAGGAAGUUUCCAAAUGUAUGACUGAAAUAAAACUGCCGUGGGAUAAACUCGUGGUUAGCGGAUUAAUGGCAUGGGUCCUGGAGAAGAUGCAGGAAGAGAACUGUGAGGGUGAGCUGACUGUUUAUCACUGCAUUAUACAUCAGGAAUCACUGUGUGGCAAAGCCUUAAAUCUGGAGCAGGUUAUGACCACAGUAACAAAAGUGGUGAACUUUAUAAGAGCUAAAGGUUUAAAUCACCGCCAGUUUAAGUCUUUUCUUGAGGAGUGUGGUUCAGAACACGCAGACGUACCGUAUCACACAGAGGUGAGAUGGUUAAGCCGAGGGAAAGUAUUGAACAGAUGUUUCGAGCUGCGUGAGGAAAUAUUUCAGUUUCUGGAAAGCAAGGGGAAGAACACAGCAGAGCUCCGGGAGCAAAGGUUUCUGUGCGAGUUGGCAUUUCUGUGUGACAUCUCGAGCCACCUCGAUGCGCUGAACCUGCAGCUUCAGGGGCGCAUCAUCACGGAGAUGUACGCUGCAGUCCGGACUUUCAAAACUAAACUUUGCCUGUGGGAAAAUCAGAUGAUGCAUGGAGACCUUGGCCAUUUUUCCUGCUGCCAAACCAUAAAAACGCAGAUCUCUCCCACCGCGUUCCCAAGCGCACAGUUUUGUGAAAAACUCGAUGUACUCUGCGCUGAGUUUAGGCGGCGAUUUGCCGACUUUGAUGUGCAGAAAUGUAGAUUUCAACUGCUCAGCAAUCCUUUUGCAGUUGAUGUGGAAAACGCACCGACAAACCUCCAAAUGGAGCUGAUUGAACUCCAGUGUAGUGACACAGCAUCAUAUUUUGAUGCUGUGGGAGCCGCACAGUUUCCACAGUUCAUCCCUCACACAAUGCCUCAGCUCCGCAUCCAAGCUGCUCAGAUGCUCUCCAUGUUCGGCAGCACUUAUAUAUGUGAGCAACUUUUUUCCACAAUGAAGAUGACCAAAACAUCUCACAGGAGACGCCUGACGGAUGAACACCUUUGCUCGAUACUGAGGAUUUCCUCAGCUCAGAGCCUGUGCCCCGACAUUGAUAAACUUGCAUCCAAGAAGAGGUGCCAGGUGUCGGGCACAUCAGGUUAGAUAAGUGUAGCAAACUGAGCAAAAAUUAAAAGUGAA